AGAGAGAGACGGGGGUGAAGGAGAGGCAACGGUGUGACACAGACGAAUAAAGCAGGUUGAGAAAACAAAUGUCUAAAAAGAGGGACUGUGAGAAAAGAGUCAAACGAUAAGGAGAGAAAGAAAGCAGGAGUGAGGAGGGAAAAACAGCCCGACGGGGAGAAUGGAACGGUUAGGCUAGAGACUAGAGACCAGAGACCAGAGUCCAGAGACCAGAGACCAGAGUCCAGAGACCAGAGACCAGAGACCAGAGACCAGAGAGAAAAAGAAACUACGAGGGUGAAUCAGGGAAAACUCCAGUCCGGUCAUGGAAGCAGAGCUGGAAGAAGAGGACGGGAGUUUCACCAACAUCUCCCUCGCCGAUGACAGACCUACAAGGGACAGAGGAACUGCAGUCCUGCUCACCAGACAGGACAACGAGGACUUCACCAUGAACUGUCACAUGGAUGGAGACAUGGAGAACCAGGUUGAGAUGGAGGAGAAGACGAGGCUCAUCAACCAGGUGCUGGAGCUACAACACACACUGGAAGACCUGUCAGCACGUGUGGAUGCGGUCAAAGAGGAGAACCUGAAGUUGAAGUCGGAGAACCAGGUUCUAGGCCAGUACAUUGAGAACCUCAUGUCGGCCUCCAGCGUGUUCCAAACCACCGACAACAAGAGCAAACGGAAGUAACCCACGGCGACCAAGGGGAGUUGAGACCACCUACAAUAGCCUGGUAGCAGGUCUGUUUGUGCCGACACAAACAGGCAUGAUGGCACAGACAGACGGGCACUCAGGCUACCUGCAACAUCUCCUCUCCCAAAUGACAGCAGAGGAGGUAGAAGAUGUUUGUGACCACAGUUCUAGGGACAGAUAUGGGCGUGUUCCAAAUGGCAGAUUAUUUCCUAAGUAGUGCACUAUGUAGUGUACAGAAUGCCAUAAGCUCUGGUUAAAAGUAGUGCACUAUGUAGUGUACAGAAUGCCAUAAGCUCUGGUUAAAAGUAGUGUACUAUGUAGGGAAUAGGAUGCCAUAAGCUCUGGUUAAAAGUUGUGUACUAUGUAGGGAAUAGGAUGCCAUGAGCUCUGAUUAAAAGUAGUGUACUAUGUAGGGAAUAGGAUGCCAUAAGCUCUGAUUAAAAGUUGUGUACUAUGUAGGGAAUAGGAUGCCAUGAGCUCUGAUUAAAAGUAGUGUACUAUGUAGGGAAUAGGAUGCCAUGAGCUCUGAUUAAAAGUAGUGUACUAUGUAGGGAAUAGGAUGCCAUAAGCUCUGGUGAGAAGUAGUGUACUAUGUAGAGUAGUCUGAUCCUAGAUCUGUGGUUAGGGGGCAACUUCUAAUUCCAGACCCCAAAAUCCUCCCUCCACUCCAACUACACCCCUAAGAGUCCAGUUUACAUUCUUGUUUGACCUCUUUUUACCCUCCUCCUAACAUAAACCCCCCCCAACAUAAUUUAACUGUUUUUAUAAUUCAUCUAAUAAUACUGUUUUGCGUUGUCAUGUCAACGGCAUCUCUAAUGAGUUAUGACAUCAGACCUUUUUAUUUUGGUGACUGGUUGGACGUGGAAGGAAACUGGACUUGUUGGAUAUGAAUAUGGCCAAACUCCCUGGCCCCCAAAAUGAAUCAAACAUAUUGAAUGACAUGCCAAUGUAAUACAAUAAUAUAACGCAUCCCAUCGACUGUUCUCUCUCAUCUGAUUGGUCAAAAGGUUACUAAGUGUCUGUUUUUUUUAAAUGGUUGAUCAACACAAACAUUAUGAAAUAUGAUUCUGUAUGAGGUUAAAAAAAAUUAAGCGGUACUACUAAGAUACUCCGAUGUGUGUUGUCGUCCCUGGUAUGCUACUCAUUCCACCAGGAAUGGGAUUCCUAAUUCAUAUCGUCACCAUGGAGUGCUGUGUGGAGUCAGUAAGGGAAGGAAAAAGCACAGUGAACCUGUAUUCUGCUGUACAUAACAAACGAUGCCCUCUUGAAUGCAACCCUGGACUAGGGUCAAGUUACACUACAGGGUGAGGCGGCCUCCUUUACCUAUGAUGGGUGGAGCGAGGAUAGAGUGAGGGGAGUGAGGGGAGGGAGCGGAGGGAGGAUAGAGUGAGGGAGGACAGAAGAGAGCUCUGCUUUUUACACUUAAGAACCUUGAGUGGUAUUGAUUAGAACACUCAGGCUGUAGAACACUCCGGAAGGUUCCGUCAGAGCUGCUGAUAAGGAACGUUGUUAUUCCUGGUUAUAGUAAUGGACUGUGGAAGCAUGACUGUGCUGUCCUAGGCUGGUUAUAGUAAUGGACUGUGGAAGCAUGACUGUGCUGUCCUAGGCUGGUUAUAGUAAUGGCCUGUGGAAGCAUGACUGUGCUGUCCUAGGCUGGUUAUAGUAAUGGACUGUGGAAGCAUGACUGUGCUGUCCUAGGCUGGUUAUAGUAGAGAGAAAUAAGGUACAGGUACUAGCAAGAGAUUCUAUGAGAGCCUUUAUCAGGGAUGUGAUCAGGACAACAUGAACAGUUGGGAUUUUGGCUAGGAGAUAGCUAGGUCCGUUUCAAUUCUAUUUGAAUAGAGGACAAAGUGGUCAGAAAGGCCUAAUUAAAAUCAGGAAGAAUCACAACACUCAAUUGUACGGAGAUCGGCGUUUUGAGCAAGAGGUUCUACCAGAGAAUCAUUCUGUGGUUCUAUUGGUUCCAGGUGCUAAAGGAAAAGAUUGGGGAAUAUUGAGAUGAUUCCACUGCACUUCAAUGCAUCACGUUAUUUAUUUUUUAUUUCAAUUUAAAAUGGUAUUUUUUUUAUUUUGUAUUAUGUUAAAAAUGGUAUUAUAUUGUAUGUUCCACUGACUCUUGUUAGUCCAAAAAUGGCACCAUAUUCCCUAUAUAGUGCACUACUUUGGGCCUAUAGGUCCCUGGUCAAAAGUUGUCCACUCUCUAGGGAACAGAGUGCCAGUUUGGGACAUUAAACUUAGUUUUUCCUUCAGGCAUGUUGAUAACACACACAUCCUAUGGAACUAACUGCCUGCUGUGUAGAAGUUUAGAGAUUCUAUGACUAUGUUGCCUUUUAACACUUUUGUUUUAAUAAAAAAAAAAAUACUUCUGAUGCUUUU